AUGGCGUCGACGUUUGAAGUCUCGCGACUAUCGACAAAGCAACCGAAAAGCUCAGGAAAUGCUUCGAAGUCUAAUAAUUCACGUGCGUGGUGGUGGACAGACACGAAUCUAGACAGUGAUCAGGUUGCUUCCAGCGAGACGGAGCUGCUGAACGCCGCUGUAUUGUGUGCGGCGCUGUCUGCGACACAAUCGGAACCUUCAGAAACUGACGAACAGGCCACUAACCGCGCAACUCGUGAGAUCGAGAUGCAUGUGCACAAGUCUCCGCUUCCGCACAGUCUGCAUCUGCCAGUGCUGGCGUUCUCGCCCGACUACGUGCUCAUGCAGUCCGAGUUUGCGUUGCUCUGUGCUGUGCGAGCAACAAAGCCUGCUGAUAUUCUGCAGACGGUGGUGGGUUCUGCUGUGCCGCUCUCACAGCCAUAUCUGCACAGAUAUGGUGCUGCGAGGAUUCACGCGCCGUUCUGGAAGCGAACACAGCGACUGAACUUACAGGACAUUCACCAUCGAGCACGCCAAGCCAAAAAGAUGUUGAUAUUGUGUGGCCACUCAAUCGGCGGCAGCAUUGCGCAGCUAGCAUUCUGCGAACUAGCGUACCUGCACUUGCCAACGAAGGUGCGGUUGAGUCUGGAAAAGCGAGACUUUGAGCAGCAGAAACAAGAACAGUCGACAGAAAAUGGCACGAGAACAUGUGAUGAAUUAGACUUUGGAUUGAUGAUUCAAGGUAUGACAGAGGAAGAGCGAUCGAUGAUUUCUCGCAAUAUGCCACGUAUGUUAGCGAUUGGCUUUGGAUCUCCGUAUAUUGGAUCUUCGGGACUGACAGCGUUUUUGGAACCACUGAAGCUCAGCAAGCGAGUAAUCACGUUUGUCAAUGAGUUUGAUUGCAUCCCGAGCAUUCUCAAUGUAGCGCAGUCAGCGGCGAUGGUUGCGAAGACGACUGACCGAUUUGUUACGAUCGCCAAAGCGACGAAAACGUUUGUGAACUUGCUGCCAAUUCAAAUGCAACAACGUUUCGUCGCUUUAACAGCGACAUCAAAUACUGGCACAGUUCCAAAUGCGAGCUCUGCUUAUUUGUCAAUGAGUCUCAAUAUUUUGCAGAACACGUUCCAAAAGUUUCGCGACUAUAAUAUUGUGAAGGAAAUUGACUACCAGUAUUUUCCAUGCGGGACUUACAUUUUCCUUUCAAAGUCUGGAACAGAGUAUAGCAUUUACUCGGAUCCAAGCGCUAUCAGUAAGGCGUUGCACAAGGAGGAUGAUUUCGAUUCCACUUUGACGGGUAACGCAAUUUUGCAGCAUUUGAUGAGCGCAUAUGUGAGUGCCGUCACGCGCCGUUCAAAUUCCAUUCAGAUUAACGCCUCUAUGGACUUCUAUGAGCGUCUUAAUAUUCCUCGAAACGCGACAGAGAAAGAAAUACGGAGUGCCUACAAGCGGCUAGCGUUGAAGUGGCACCCAGAUCGGUGGGCAAACAAUUCCGCCAACCCACAGGAAUUAGCUUCUGCGGAGGAGAUUUUCAAGUUGCUUGCAGAAUCGUACGAGGUGCUGUCAGAUACUGAAGCACGGAAGGCAUACGAUGCGCAUCUGACCAACUCGUCCAGCAGCAUAAGGGAUGAGUUUGUACGUAAUGGCACUGUGAACGGGAUGACUCUUGAUGAAGCUAUCGCCACUUUCCGAGACGUAAUUGAUAAUCUCUCUGGGGCGGUAUCGAAGGUCACGUCGCGCUUUUCAACUUCAAACUCGACGGUGGUGAAUCCAUUGCGUACUCCCUCAUCCGUCCGAAGCGGUCUUAACCCUAACAACCACGACAAUAUCUUUGCGCCAGAUCGGAUUCGUGUGUCGCGUACAGUGGGAAUUGGUGCAGACCAGAGCGAGCAAAUUCUGUAUUUGGAACCUGAAGAAAUUAUAGCUGGCGAUAUAGCAGCACCUGCCCAAGCAACAAGUAGCUCUGGUGGCAAUGCUGGAUUGCGAACAAUUUCCAUGGUGGGUGGUGCUGUUGCUGUUGGAGCAAGUGUUGCGUUAAUUGUCAAUGCGUGGUCGCAGUACUCGGAAACGUUAAAGAGAAAUCGUCAGGCAGCAGUGGUGAGAGACAUGCCUGCAGACUGCUUAUUGUUGUUGCUCGAAGACUACCGCAAUACGCAACACACCGAUACGACGCAACUACUUAUUCAACAAGCUGAUGAACGGAGGAAAAGAAGAGAUACCUCGUCACUUGCCCUUAGCAAUUCGAGCAAUAAAGCGAACGAAAGUACUGGUAAACAGCUUUUUGUGAGAGGGGCGCGGCAAGCACUUGCCACGUUGAAGCAAGAGGAAGAUGCGGCAGAAGAUGAGCUCAUUGAAGAGUUUUUUGAUUGCGCCACCGAGUAUGACAAUGCCGUCAUGGAGGCAAUAGCUGAGGAGGAGUUUUUUGAUUGCGUCAGUCUUUUGAAUGAUGUAGCAGUUCACUUUAGCAAAGAUGCACUAGAAGAAGAAAAGCGCGUGGAGGAAGGAUCGAAAGAAGAGGAAGACGUUGUUGGUAUCAGAAUGGGAAUUGCUUUUCCUCGUGGAUCAAUUGUCAGUACUCCUUUUGGUCUCGCCAUCGUGCAAGAUUGGAGAGAAGGUGAAUUGUCCGCUGAUGUGCGCUUCAUUUGUUCUAAGGAUAUGGUCGGCUACAUUCAGAAAGCGAAUAUCUCGCGUGGUGCGUUACUUGCAAAAGCAACAGCAAGUGAUAUCUUAGAGUCAAAGAGAACGAGGAUUGCCGAUCGUGUGAUAGCUCGAUACCAUUUAGAUGCUGGAGAGGCGGGUACAACUUUCAAGAGUUUAGUUAUUGCGAGCGGUGAUGGUGCUUUGGAUAGUGGAAUUCGCGCCGCUGGAGGUGUAGCUUUGGCGAAAGGCAUGGCAAGGACAUCCUCAGCGCUAGGUGGUGCCGUUGCUGCACCGCUUACGAUUGCGUCAAUUCUCGUUGAUAUCGGAAAAGAGUACUACGAUUAUCGCAAGCGUUAUACUGAUCGAAAGUCUCUCGGUGUGCUCUCUACGACCACCGAGCAGCUGAUGAUGCAAGAUUUCCGGUUAAAAACUGGGGAAGUCAUCGCCAGUCGUACGGCAGCAGCGGCAGGUGCAGGGAUUGGUGCAUAUAGUGUGGCUUCAGCUUUAGGAAUGUGGAGUACAGCAGGGUUUGCAGCUGGUCCCGUUGGUAUCGUGGCUGCCACAAGUGCAGCUGUCGUUGGCGGUAUGCUAGGAUUCUUCGCUGGUUCCAAGGCAUACUCGGCAUCUACUGCAGGUUAUUUUACAAGCCAGGAAAAUGCGAAAGAGCACAUCGAUCGUCUGGAGCUUGGAGCGCGAAUCCUGUUUGAUGAGUUUGAUCCUGAAGCUACAGGCACAAUUUCGAAGGAAGACUGCAUUAAGCUGAUGAAAAAGCUUUACGACGCGAUGGGAUCAAUUUCAGAAAGCGGAUAUGAGAGGACUAUGAUAGUGAUUCACGACGAUGCGUUUGUAGGUCCCGUGACGUGGGGCAUGUUUUGGGAGUGGGUCAGCACAGAGGCAGCUCGGGCUCUUCGCGAACUGGAGCAUGAAGAGUCGAAGAAGUUGUCAGAACCGGUAGCGGGUGAAGCGUGGUGGAACAGCUACAUGACAUAUUUCUCGUAUCCGAACUCGAGAUCAGCUACGCCGUCGCUUGCAGCACCGCAUGCUAGUGUAUAUCCAUCUGUCCUCGCAGCACAGGGGCUAAAAAUGAGGGAUACUAAGUUAUCACCUACCGUUGCAUCAUCUGAAGAUGAGAGCUUGGUGCUGAAGGCGCAGGUUGAGUUCUUGGUGAAUAAUGGUCAUUUGACAGCGGGGGACGCUUUCCAGCUCCGAGAGCAGUUGGCGUCCGAUGAUCUGAUGUUAAAAGAGUCCGCACAGAGGACAAUUGCCGCCAUGCAUGAAGGCCUUUCGGACGGGGCGCUAAAUCAUAACCUUGUAUGCGACGGAUUUGGUUUUGCUGGCGGUGACGUCAUGGAUGCGUCUGCUGUUGAGUCCGAAAAGGAGCGUGUUACAACCUGCGCACGCGCUUCAGAGGCCACUGCUACUAAUGACGAUACGAAAAGGUUUCCUGAGCCUGAUGAACGGCUUGACGUCAUGUGCUCGCUGAUGUCUACGCAAGGUUUGGAGCGGUUGUUGCAGCGACAGAACAUCCUUGUUGGAAACGAUAUGCCUAUGCGACACGAGGACUUGCACUGUUUAGCACUCAUGGCUGCAGCUCCUGCUUCUUUAACUCCAGAAUCGUCAAAUUGA